GUGGACGGUGAUCCUAAUUACGUAAUCGAUUUUGUAGUGUUGUGCGUGUGUUACAUUGUUUUGAAAAUGAAGGCAUUUGUGGCAGUCCUCUUCCUGACAGCGUCGGUUUUGGCUGAACCGAGCAAAGUCGUGCAGAAGCGAAGCGGCCUGGUCGGCCAUUACGGGGUCUCUGCGCUAGGCCACGGCCUGGGCUACGGGCACGGCUACGGGCACGGCUACGGCUACGGACUGGGCGGCCUGGGCUCAGGCCUGGCCUUAAGUUCGGGGACUAUUGUAGGUGCGGACGUCCAUACUACAGUCACGAAGCAUGUCGGCGUGCCGGUGCCAGCGCCGUACCCUGUAGCCGUUGACAGGCCUGUGCCAUACCCCGUUAAGGUCGCCGUCCCCUACCCCGUAGAUAGGCCUUACGCCGUCCCCGUGCCCAAGCCUUACCCCGUGGCCGUUGAGAAGCACGUGGCCGUCCCCGUCGACAGGCCGGUGCCCUACCCUGUACCACACGCUGUACCCGUCCCAGUGAUCAAACAAGUCGGAGUGCCGGUUCCCCAGCCCUACCCCGUAGCCGUACCUAAACCCGUAGCCGUGCCAGUGCCUCAGCCCGUAGCCGUCCCCGUAGCGCACGGGCCCGUAGCCGGCCCGUACUUGGCUGAAAGCCACGGACUCGCCCACGGAUUAGGCCUCGCCCACGGCUUAGGCCUCGGACAUGGAUUAGCGCAUGGCUUCUCUUCUCACGCUAAAGUUUGGUAAAAGAUUUACGAGUAGCCACUCGUUUAUAUUUUGGGGUAACGAUCUGCAAUAAUCUCGACUGACUGAAGUAAAAAAUUGAAAUUUUUUGUAAGAUGUUCAAUUAAUAUUGCAGAAUAAUUAAAAACGAGUGUCUACGAAAGAAUCGAUGUAUGUAAAGGCAUUUCUAUAAGGAAUCUAAACAGUCAAACGAUUUUACUUUAUGUGAUGUAGGUUAGCCUAGUUGUAAGCUGGUUCGGUGACGAUGCAUCAUAGUUAUUCUUCCGUCUGGAGGUGGGUAGAGUGCAAUGAAAGGUCGCUAUAACCGUCCUUUUUUAAAGGGAGUAAAAUAUAAGGUCCAUUAACACUAGAAUUGUUCAAAGCUUUAACGAAAAUGGACAUGGGAUCAAAAUUAACUAUCUGGGUGUAGCUUUCGACUGAUAUUUUAGCAGACUCGUACUAUCUAUCAUUUGUUUUGUAUUCUUUUUUAGUUACCACAUUAGUUUCAUUUUUGAAUUUUAGUAGUUGCCAGUAUUUUUUCAACCGUUUCAUAUGUUUUCAUUUGAUCUCUUUUGUUUAAUUUUGGGGCAAUGACGGGACGUGGAUGUUUGUACCUGGUUAUACGUACUUUUGUAUAUAGAUUUUCUAUUUCUAGUUUAAGUUUUCAAUGAAUGAAUAAGUUUUUUCGACCGCAGUCGACUAAAAACUAUUUAAUAAACGACGACUUUUGUAAUA